AAACAGGAUAUCAACCUCUAUACCACCAAAGAAGAAGAAAAAGACUGCUGUUGUCUUCCGGCGCUUGAAUUCACGUGGAAGAGCGACAACGUGAGCGCUGCUGUUGCUGGCAGGAAUACGAAGGAAGGAACAAAAAUGACGCAGCUAGAUGGUGUAGUUAAACCCAAGACAAAGCGCUCCAAGCGCUUCUUGGAGAGCAGAGCACCCAAGCUGAUUGAGGAUGUGAAGACCGCCAUGAUUAUGAAAGGAGGGAACACCAGUCAAACCAUCACCCAGACCCUCAAAGACAUAUAUGCCCUGAAGAAGCCCAAUGCUGUGCUUUACAAGAAGAAGAACAUCACACGACCAUUUGAGGACUCAACAUCACUUGAAUUUUUCUCCAAGAAGACCGACUGCUCGCUGUUUCUGUUUGGCUCCCACAACAAGAAACGGCCAAACAAUCUCAUAUUUGGUCGUCUGUUUGACUUUCACGUGCUCGAUAUGAUUGAACUUGGAAUUGAGAAGUACGUCUCUCUGAGUGACAUUAAGGCCAGCAAAUGUCCAGAGGGGACCAAACCAAUGCUUGUGUUCGCAGGCGAAGCUUUUGAUAGCGACAAUGAACACAAACGUCUUAAGAGUCUGCUGAUAGACUUUUUCAGAGGUCCCACUGUGUCUGCGGUGCGUCUGGCAGGUUUAGAACACGUUCUGCACUUCACUGCCCUGGAUGGGAAAAUCUACAUGCGUAGCUACAGGUGUCUGCUCAAGAAGUCUGGGUGCCGGACACCCCGGAUAGAGCUGGAGGAGAUCGGGCCAUCGUUGGACUUCACCAUAAGAAGAACACAUUUGGCCUCAGAUGAUUUAUAUAAGUUAGCUCACAGACAGCCAAAGGCUCUAAAGCCAAAGAAGAAGAAGAACAUUUCCCAUGAUGUCUUUGGCACCAAGUUAGGUCGCGUGCACAUGCAGAAGCAGGAUCUGUCCAAGCUGCGCACGCGUAAGAUGAAGGGUCUGAGGAAGAGGAAGGGAGAGGUGGUGGCUGGAGACCAGGAUGGACAGGCACCCAAAGUGGCCAAAGUAGAGAGCUGAUGUGGCUUUUAUCAUCUACGCAUAAGGAUUAAUGUCCAGCACACACCAGUGUGGGUCACAUUGGUACUGUACAGUCACCUUGUCCAUAAGACUGACCAUGUGUUGAUCAUCAUGCCAACUUUUACUGCCAUGGAUGGGCAUGUGAGCAGUCACCAGGCAACAAGGAUGUAUUGCUGCUGCCCCCCAUUGUGUUUUCAUCCCUCUUUUCCAUGUGACUUUCUGAUGUUUCAUUGUCUCAGUUCUCUGAUAAAACCACAUGAGCAUCAGAAAAAGUGCAACAAAUCUAAAUGUAUCACCUACAGUUGUAGAAUUUGCAGCAGAAUCAAUUACAUAUAUUUCCUGUUAAACCAGUCCUUCCCUCUUGAUAACCUUUAAUAAAUAAUAAUUGAAGAAACACAAAGGUUUUCUUUUAGCAUAUACCAAGUGCCAUGUAUCUAGGAUUAAAGAUGGUGACUAAUGGUUCCUUUGACUGACAAGUGCUACUUCUAUAAUUGUUUUUAAAUGUAUUUAUGUUAGACUAGAUUUAGUUAUUUGGGUUUAGUAGAAUAAGGGCCAUGUUCUGACUGAGUGGUUUGAUAAACUUCAUAUUCAGGUGAUAUUAAUUGAAAUCCAUCUUUGUUUUGUUCAAAAAAAGAAAGCCGUUCUGCUAUCUGCAAUCCAAGCUACUUGCAUUAAACCUUGAAAAAGAAAUAGUUUAAAAUGCUGGGCGAUGAAUCGGUGUUUACAAAAGCGCUUAAAUGCUUUGCUGUUUGACAAAACACAAAUUAUCCGUUUAGUUUAUUUACCAUCAGAACAUUGCAGCAACAUGAUUAUACAACAACGAUUUAGUAUUUUUGACUUACGUAUGAAGUCUAAUUGACAGGCUAAUCUGUCAGUGCAGCCAGGUGUUUUUCAUUCACAACAGCAAGCUCUUAAACUCCUCAUUUGUUCUGUUUACUGAUUUACCAAACUAUUCAAAGGGCAUAAUUUAACAUUUCUCCUCUAAAAAUGGCUUGUCAUUGUACUAAGAGUGGGUCAUUUAUUUGCUCCCUUAAAAUUUCUGCUGACUGCACAUGUGCUUCUGUCUGUCUUUCCAUCUGCUUGCCUGGCAGUUUGUCUAUUUUUAGCAGCUGGAAAGGGAAGUGAAACCUUUCAUAGCAGCAGUGAGGGUGCUGCAGGAGGGAAGUAUUAGACUGUGCACACAAAGUAUGUUUUUUUAAAAAAAACUAGUCGUGAAAGACGCAUUUACUAAAGCAAUAUUUUGUAUGUAUUCAGUACUUGGGGGUCAGGAUGAAUGACAGUGUCCAAUCAGCUGCAGGAUUCCCCGGAGCCCCGCCCCAUCCGCCUUGUGCAUUUAUAAUGCAACUGCAUCGAAUUGACAGUUACUGUAGGUACAGAUGUUGCGUCGACCACCGUAACUACAGCUUCACCUGAAUGGAUGCAUCUUUAUCCUGACCAGAAAGCCGUGAUUUCUCAGACAUAACCUGUAUUUGACUUUUCAUUUUUCUUACCCCUGUCAUUGGCUGCAUACCUGCAGAUUU